AUGUCGGCUCCGGCGGCAGCAGCGGCGUCUGCCGUCCUGGACUUUGAUGACAUCCUCGCCGAAAUCGGAGAAUUCGGGCGUUUCCAGCGGCGUAACUAUUUGCUUAUCUGCCUGCCUGUUCUGUUUGCGGCCGCCAACAGCUUGUCGUAUGUUUUUACGGCAGGAUCGCCCACCUAUCGAUGCUACGUACCCGGAUGCGAUAGUUUAGACAAUCCGAAUUAUGGAGCAGAUUGGGUAUCUAUUGCCGUGCCCGGCAGCUGGAGCAAGCGGGGCCAAUUCACGCCGUCCACCUGUGAUAGAUUCGUGGCGAAAGGAAGUGAACCUGAAGGAUCAUGGCCUUUGUACCAAUGCUCCGCUGAUAAUUUCACUGCGGAGACGGAGAGAUGUCGGCAGUUCGUUUACGGAAGCUCUGAACGGACAAUUGUGCAGCAGUGGCGGCUGCAGUGCCAAGAGAAUCUCUGGAAGUUGGCUUUCGUGGGCACGGUGCACUUCGCUGGCCUGGUGGUGGGAACAGCUCUCUCCGGCUACCUGGCAGAUCGAUACGGACGUAAGCAUGUCUUUUUGAUCUGCAUCUUGUUCAUGGCCCUGACGGGUGUGGCGCAGGCGCUGUCCUGGGAUUACAUCAGUUUCCUGGUUUUCGCCCUGUUGAACGCGGUGGGCACUUCCGGCGUCUAUCCGCUGGCCUUCAUCAUCGGCGUGGAGAUGGUGGGGCCGCGGAAGCGGGAGAUGUCCUCCAUCGUGCUCAACUACUUUUACGCAGUGGGAGAGGCGCUGCUUGGACUCUCCGUAUUCCUGCCCGACUGGCGUCAACUGCAGCUGGUGCUUUCGAUUCCGCCCCUCAUCUGCGUGGUCUACUUCUGGCUGGUUCCGGAGUCCGUUCGGUGGCUGCUGGCCCGCAACCGGCGGGAGCAGGCGGGCAACAUCAUUCGCCGAGCCGCGAAGGUCAACCGGCGAGACAUCUCCAUUGAGCUGAUGGCCAGUUUCAAGCAGCAGGAGCUGGAAGCGGAAACGGAACCAGCGUACUCAGCCGAGGGUGUCCUUACCGAGCGGGAGGACAAUAGGAUAUGGUUGGCCAUUAAACAGGUAGCAGGCACUCACAUUUUGAUGGCCAGAUACGCCAUUUUGCUCCUCAUUUGGGCCGUCAAUGCAAUAGUCUACUACGGACUUUCGCUGAAUGCCACCAGUCUGAGUGGCAACAAGUACCUCAACUUCGCUUUGGUUUGCCUGGUGGAGAUUCCCGGCUAUAGCCUCGCCUGGCUGUUCCUGCGAAGACUCGGCCGACGUCUGGCCCUUUCCGGCUCCUUGCUGCUCUGCUCCGUCACUUGUGUAGCCAGUGGUUUCGUCACCCUGGCACAAGGAGAUUGGAUUCCCUGCAAAGCCGCAAUUGAAGGUAGACACUCGUGGAGUUGUGCAAAUUGGUUGGUUGUGACGCUCUUCCUUGUCGGAAAACUGGGCAUCACAUCAUCCUUCGCCGUCAUAUACACCUUUACUGCGGAAAUGAUGCCCACGGUUAUUCGGAGCGGCGGCGUCGGUGUUAUGUCCACAUUUGCACGAUUUGGGGCGAUGCUGGCUCCAUUCGUUCCUCUUUUGGCAACGUACUAUGAACCGCUGCCCCUUCUGCUAUUUGGGGGAUUAUCGCUGGUGGCUGGACUCCUCUCGCUGUUAUUGCCGGAAACCUUUAACAGAAAGCUGCCGGAUACGGUGGAAGAAGCCAUUGCUUUGGGUAAAUAA